AUGAAUUAAGAUUAGACUCAUCAAGUAAUAACAGUUCUUUUAAUUUCCGAAAACGAAGAAAAAGUCUAGAAUUUCAUGAAACAAUUAAAUUCAAAUAAGCUAGAAAAUCAAAAGAAAACCAUUAAUCUUUAUUAUUAAUCAAUUGAUUUAAAUAAUGAUCAUAAAUGCUUACAAUAAUUGUCAAUGUUUGAAUAUGCAAUUCUCUUUUUGAAGGAUUUAGAAUUUCAUUAAUUCACUAUGGAUAAUUAUAAUUUUCGAAUGCUCAAAUUAUUGCAAUUUUUUAGGUACAUAAUAAAAUUUUAGCUUUAGGUAUAACUAAAUCUUUAUUAUUUAUGAUGAGAAUGAUAAUAAUUAAAGUAAUGCAUAAUUAUUGAAUCUAUACUCUUGGAUUAAUCAAGAAGUCAAUUCGAUCUUCAAUGACGAAAGAUUUAACGAUUAACAAGAAUAAAACUAACUAGACUUUUUAAACCCCUUAAUUAAGACUUCAAGUAAACCAACUUAAAAUGAUUUCUUGGAGUUUUUCGAAGACGUAGCAAGUUUUUCAGAUUCUGAUUUAAUCUUAGCUAUCUUUAAUGAAACAGAUCUGAACAAAGGCAUAGCAUAAGUGAUAGAUGGUUUCGUUUUGAAUGGAUAAACUGUGCUUUAUCAAGAAUAAGGCGCAUUAUAAAAAGUAUAAAUUAAAAACUUUGUUGAUUACUUUUCAAAAUAAGAAAAGAAUUUUGCUUAAAAAGGAGAUAUUAUUGAAUUUUAAUUUGACUUAAAAAAGAGAAUAAAUGGGCUUCUAAUCGGAUUAAGGCAAGAUAAAUACCUACUACAAAUUAAAGAAUCCAGAGGUGAUUUCAUAUGCCCAUAAAUAGUCGGCUAGGGUGUAUUAUAGAAAAUAUAAAAAUCUGAUUCAAAGGCAUUUUUUUAUGGAAUUGAAUGUAUAAAUUUUCAAUUACAAUUAAAGGUUAGAUUGAGAAGAAAAAAAUAUUUGGAUAAUUAGAGAACAAGACUUACAAAGAUAUGAAGACUAUAACAACAAAACCAUUUGGAAUGUCUUUUAGGUUUAGUAAAUAAUUUUACUUGACUCCAAAAAUACUUGCAAGGAAUUUAACUUUACUUAUUCCCAAAAACAAAAAUUUAACUUAACAAUUAAUUUUUUGUGGAAAAAUACAAAAUUAAGACAUAUUGUAAAUCAUAAAAAACUAGGUUCAAAAGUAAAAAGUAGUUUUAAUUCCUGAAUUGACAAGUAUUCCAUCAGAAAAUAUGAUUAACAAUGGGGUGGACUAUAGAUAAAGAUGUAGAGUGUGCAGAACUGAAAAGGCUAGAUAUGUUCCUACUAAUUGUGGGCAUCUAAGAUAUUGCAACGAUUGUAAAGAUAUAUGUAUGGAAGCAAAACAGUGCCUAUAUUGUGAUAAACCUAGCAAUAACACUCAAAGUUUCAAUAUUCAUCUUACAUAAUAAUAACUUUAAAACCUCAAAUCAAUGACUGAUAAACAAGUUAUUGAAUAUUUUGCAAACCAUCCUGAUAAAGAAAUGCUGCCUUUUAUGAAAAUUUAUAAUGAAAUUAAUGAUGAAUAGACCAUUUAUUUCGAAGUAAACUGUGACAACUGCGAUUCAAGAAUUACUCAAUACUCUAUUUGUAAUAAUAAUCAUUAAACACUACUUUGUGAUGAAUGCUAAAUCAAAGAAUGUCAGACUUGCAAUGAUCAAUUACAAAAUAAACAAAAAAUUAUCUAUACAUUUCCAGAUGAUCCAACUGCAUGA